CGGGCCACCGACCGGCUUCUCUUCUCUCUUCACGCUGGAGCAUGACUUUGCACGGCGUUGACCACGUGAGCAACGCUUGGUGGUCACGUGAAGGCGUCCUUCAGUCUGUCUGUAUGCUACUUUCUCAUUCAGAUGUGUGCGUACAUGUCUGCGGUUUGUUUGGCGUCCACGUGAAGACAUUUUUUGGAAAACCGCGAGAUGAACAGCGACAACUUUAACCUGAGCGAGAAGAUUGUGUCACCUUCCUACAUCCGUCAGGGAUCGCAGGCUCGCCGUGGCCAUGAGCAACUCAUCAGACAGUUACUGGAACAAGGAAAGUGUCCCGAGGAGGGAUGGAGCGAGAGCACUGUUGAGCUCUUCCUCAGCGAGCUAGCUGUGAUGGACAGCAACAACUUCUUGGGUAACUGUGGAGUAGGAGAGAGAGAAGGCCGGGUGGCAUCCAGCCUUGUGGCAAGACGACAUUACAGGCUGAUCCACGGCAUCGGCCGGUCAGGUGACAUCGCUGCUAUUCAGCCUAAAGCUGCAGGAUCCAGUCUGCUUAACAAACUGACCAACUCAGUUGUCCUGGAUGUUUUAAAGCUUGCAGGCGUCCGGAGUGUGGCCAGCUGCUUCGUGGUACCCAUGGCUACAGGGAUGAGUUUGACUCUCUGCUUUCUGACCCUUCGUCACAGGAGACCCAAAGCUCGCUACAUCAUUUGGCCUCGCAUCGACCAGAAGUCCUGUUUCAAGUCUAUGAUCACAGCAGGCUUUGAACCUGUGGUCGUGGAGAAUGUGCUCGAGGGUGAUGAGCUGCGGACAGAUUUGGAAGCAGUUGAACGCAAGAUUGAAGAGCUCGGAGCUGAAAAUAUCCUGUGUGUUCAUUCAACGACUUCUUGCUUCGCCCCACGGGUCCCUGACAGGCUUGAGGAGCUGUCAUCUCUCUGCAGCAAGCAUGACAUCCCCCACAUAGUUAACAAUGCAUAUGGCGUACAGUCGUCCAAAUGCAUGCACCUCAUUCAGCAGGGCGCUCGUGUGGGAAGAAUCGAUGCCUUUGUACAGAGCCUGGACAAGAACUUUAUGGUUCCAGUAGGUGGUGCUAUAAUUGCAGGCUUUGAUGAGUCGUUCAUACAGGAGAUAAGCAAGAUGUACCCAGGGAGAGCAUCAGCCUCACCUUCCCUCGACGUCCUCAUUACCCUUCUCACGCUGGGAGUCUGUGGCUAUAAGAAAUACUUGUCAGAAAGAAAGGAGAUUUAUUCGUUCCUGGCUGAGCAGCUGAAGAGUCUGGCUUCUGCACACGGGGAGAGGUUGCUUCACACCCCGCACAACCCCAUUUCUCUGGCCAUGUCUCUAGAUGGUCUCCAGGCCAACAGUGACAAGGCGGUGACUCAGCUAGGAUCCAUGUUGUUCACCCGACAAGUGUCAGGAGCCAGGGUGAUACCACUGGGCAAGGAGCAGACCGUAAGCGGACACACGUUUCGCGGGUUUAUGUCCCACUCGGAGUCGUACCCCUGUCCUUACCUCAACGCUGCCUCCGCUGUGGGUAUCACUCGAGAAGAUGUGACGGUCUGCAUCAAAAGGCUCGACAAAUGCCUGAAAACUCUGAAGAAAGAGGGCGGUGCGGUGUCUUCGUCGGACCAAGAGGUCUCUAUAGGAGAGUGACUGAACUGAGGCUGAACAUUUCAACAGGAAGACUUUGACCUUGCGCUGCCUUCAUGCAGUUCUUUCUGAUUUGGACUGUGUGUUUGUGUUAUGAGUCAUUACUUCUGGCAGUGAAACACUGUCCAGGUGGUCAUAAACCAAAAUAAUGCAAGCACGUGUCACUGAUUAAUUCCCUCAUCAAGUGAUAAUAGGACAAAACGUGCAUACACAUGCUGCUUAGGAGCAUCUGGUCAUAGACCAAAUGUAUGCAAAGACUGUUGUUGACUGUGUAUGUUUAACUUUAAUUUAAAGCUAAUUACACAUCCAGCCUUUACAAAAGGA